CCCCAUUUUAACAGCCAUGUGUCGCACUAACGAGGAUGGUGUGGAAACGGGCGGAGGCGGAGGCACAGUGCACGGGCGUUGCAUGACAUGGGCGUUGAAGUUACAGAAAAGUGCCACUCAACUCGGGCUUUUUCUCUUUUUCAUCGUGUACACAGCAGUGGGAGCCAAGAUUUUCCAAGCGCUGGAACACCCGGCGGAGGUAGAGAGUCAGGAACAAGCUCGCAAAAUGCUCUUGCAACAAAGAUCGCAAUUUCUCCACACGCUCAAUGACGUCACAUCUUUCAACGAGUCGACUAAUACUCACGAAUACCAGGUGAGUUCGAGUGUGCGCUAAUUGGGGGGUUUAGUUAUUUAUUUUGUGUUUUUUGUCUUUGUUGUUGUUCUGGAAAGGAUUUUUUUGUUUGUCUGUUUGUUCUGUUUUGGUUUGCGCUUUUUUUUGUCAGU